AUGACUUCAAGUGAAAACAAUGGUAGCUCCAAUCCAUCUAUCAAACCCAUUGACAACUAUCAAUCUGCAAUGAUGGUAGAUGAAGAUAAUACAAUCCCCUGUUCAAAUUUGUUGGAUAGGUCAGAAGAUGCCCAAGCCCAACCUAACAAUGAGAUAACUGAGGAACAAGGGAGGUUGAAAUCAGUUGUGUGGAAUCAUUUUAAGAAAAGGAAAGUUGAUGGGAAAGACAAGGCUAAGAAAAAGUUUAAGGACAUUAGGGAUAUGAAACAAAAAAUUUUGAUGAGGGAUCAACAUAAAGUGGACUCGGUGGCAGGUGUGAAUGCUUAUCAUUUUGAUCAAGAUGAAUCAAGAAAAGAACUCGCUCGUAUGAUCAUCUUGCAUGAGUAUCCCCUUUCUAUAGUUGAUCACAUUGGCUUUAGAAGAUAUUCAACUUCUCUUCAACCAUUAUUCAAGAUGGUUUGUAGGAACACAAUCAAGAAGGACAUUAUGAGCAUCUAUGAUCAUGAAAAGGAGAAAUCAAUGCAUGAAAUAGAAAGGAAUCGGAGUAGAAUUGCUAUUACCAUUGAUAUGUGGACUUCACAAAACAAAAGGCAAGGGUUUAUGGUUGUAACAACACAAUUCAUUGAUAAUUUAUGGAGAUUACAAAGCCAAGUUAUGAGGUUUAUUUAUGUGCCAUCUCCACAUACAAAAGAAGUGUUUUUUGAUAUCCUUCUACAAACCUUGUUGGAAUGGAAUAUUGAUAGGAAGUUAUCUACUAUGACAAUGGACAAUUGCAGUACCAAUGAUGCAGAUGGUUUGAAUGCUAUUAGGUCAUGCAUUGAGAAGGUUCGUGAGAGAGUGGGAUUUUGGACUAGAUCAACAAAAAGAAGGCAACGAUUUACAAAUAUGGUUCGACAAUUACAUGUUGAAUGUACCAAAGAACUAGCCCACGAUUAUAAGACUUGCUGGAACUCUACUUAUCUUAUGCUUUCUACUGCUAUAGAGUAUCGAGAUUUCUUUUUUCGAUUGAGCCAAAGGGAGUCAUCUUAUAAGUGCAUUCCAAAAGAGGAAGAAUGGGAGAUGGCAAGUAGUAUAUGUGAGAGAUCGGCAUUGUUUACAAGGUUACAGAGCUAUUCUCAAGUACCUCAUAUACUAUAG